UCUUUAAUACGCCUUGAUCUCUGGAUGAAAAAUGUUGGCCUUUGGGACUUUCCUGUUUGCCAUUUUGGCCAUUCAUUUGGCAACAGCACAGGAAACCACCACAGGGGCGACGAAAACCACGACCAGUGCAGCAGGAAAGGAGGCUGGUACUACAGCCCUGGGAGCAGCGGAAAACAGCUCGACCAACGAUACGGAUACGGUUCCUGACUACUGUGAUCCCUCGUUGUGCAGCCCUGGACAAAAGCAUGUGGCAUGCAACGACACAAUCGGACUGCAUAGCGAUUGUUCCCUUGAUGCUGAAGUUGUAGUCAUACACGAUAGGCUGGAAAAAUUUAUACUACGCCGUUUUAAUGAGCUUCGGGAUAGCGUGGCCAAGGGUGGAUUUAACGGAUUAAGCCCGGCUGCUCGCAUGGGCACCUUGAAGUGGGAUCACGAGCUGGCUUUCCUAGCCAAAUACAACGUGGAAGACUGUGUCUUGAGAAACGAUGAGUGUCGGAAUACGAAGACAGCAGUCCACGCUGGCCAGACUGUGGGUUAUCGAGCUAUAAAAGGAAAGAUACCAGAUUUGGAGGACGUCCUCAAGGAUAUUACAUCGGUAUGGAUGCGGGAGAACACCGGAACUUCGAUGUUGGACAUUAUGAAGUACAAGGAUCCGCAUAAGGGGCCCCCCAAGUACAACUUUAUACAGAUCGUGUUGGAGAACGCUGAGUACGUGGGCUGUGCUAUCGUUCAGCAGUCCCAUAACCGCUGGCAUCAGACGUUCUUUACUUGUAACUUUGGCCACGCCCCCGUUGUUGGUGCGAGGGUAUACGAAGGCGCCCAGGUGGCUGGAAAACUCUGCAAGACCGGAGUCAACCCCAAACAUGUACACCUCUGUUCCGAAACCGAGAUCUACGAAAAGGUUCUACCAGCAGUUGGGAACUCGUCAAAUGCCGAAGUUAAAACGAGAACAGUGAGGAAAGGGGACUUUGUGAUGCUUAGCAGCGAUCAAAUACGCGCUAGAGAUGGAUCAGAAGCAGGGACCCCAGCACCUGAAGGAGGAGCAGGCGCUCCGGCAACCCAACCCGCUGAAGGAGCAACCACCACUGGCGCUCCAGGUGCUGAAGGUGCAGCCACUACGGCAGCGGCGGCAGGGGAAACCCCUGCUCCAGCAGCAGGAGCAGUGGUAACACCCGGUUCCCCAGGAGCCCCGUCAAAAGCGGGGACACCGGGUCCUGUUGAAGGUGUAUUGGAACCCGAACCAGAACCUCUGGACAAAGACGCGCUGGAGAAGAAAUUUGAACGCUUCCUGGAGUUGAUGAAGCUUGCUGAGAAGUAUCAUGGUCGUCGCCAGGUCGUAGUGAUAACCAGCAACCACGAGGUGGAGGAUGAUCACACGAAGAAGACGGGCGGUGAAGGCGACCCCCAUUUGAGAACAUUGGAGCAAGCUGUCUACAGUAGGAUGCGCAGCCGUCGCUUGAAGAUGCGAAGCAGCGGAAUAAUGUUGCGGACCAUGAGUCACAGUGCCGGGAAAAACAGACGAAGUCCCCCAAGAAAGAGCUCCUAUUGGGCUCCCCAGUGGAUCGGUAUAGCUUAAUAUUACAAACUUCACUUAAAAUUAAAUAAAUAUUUGGAGCUA